UCACGAUCGGUUGGUCGUAAAAUGUAGGUUUUACAGAAAACCAGCGAAACCAGAUUUGAGCUUUUCCCUGUAGUGGGGUGUUAUUCCAGCUUCAAGAUGGUGCUCGAACUCUAUCUGGAUCUGUACUCUCAGCCGUGUCGCUCCGUUUACAUGUUUGCUAAGAAAAACAACAUCCCUUUUGAGCUCAAGAACGUCAAGCUGUUUGAAGGCCAACAGUAUGAGGAGGAUUUCGGAAAGAUCAAUCCACUGAGGAAAGUCCCAGCCUUGAGAGAUGAAGACUUCACCUUGGCAGAAAGCAUUGCGAUCCUUAUGUACCUGGCUGAGAAAUUCAAGACCCCAGACCACUGGUACCCAUCGGACUUAAAGAAAAGAGCCAGGGUCAACGAAUACCUGUCCUGGCAGCACGUUGCAGUCAGAGCUAAUGGAUCAAAGGUCUUCUGGUUUAAGUUCAUGAUUCCUAUUAUAACUGGGGAAGAAGUUCCCAAAGAGAAGAUGGACUUUGUUUUGGAGGAUCUCAACAUGUCUCUGAAGCUGUUUGAGGAGAAGUUCCUGCAGGACAGGCCUUUCAUCAUUGGCGAGCAGAUCUCCUUGGCAGACCUUGUGGCCAUAGUGGAGAUGAUGCAGCCAGUAGCUGCUGGUCUUGACAUCUUCGAGGGGAGGCCGAAACUGAGCGCGUGGCGUGACCGAGUGAAGGAGGGAAUUGGCAGAGAGCUCUUCGACGAAGCUCACGCGGCCAUCUUGAAAGCCAAAGACAUCAGCCAGAUGUUGGACAAGAGCAAGCUGGAGUUCUUCAAAGCCAGGGUCAAGAAAAUGCUGAAUUGAAAAGCCUCUCUUCAUUCUUUCAGGACAGGCUUGAACCUCAAAAUGAAUGUCAAAAGAAGAGAAAAAGGGCACCCACAGGGAGAUUCAAAAUAAAUUGUUUUCAUAGUAAUUACAGCAAGGUGACAUUUUAUGUAACUAUAACUGGCAUCAAAUGGAGUUCCAAACAGAUGCAGAUAUGCAAGUAGUAUAUUCUCUCCAAAUACACUUACAAUAAAGUAACAAGCUUCA